AUGGCAGGAGACGGGACAGCCCAGAGAUGGGACCACACACAUAUCAGCCUUCAGAAUUUCUCCUACAUGUGGACCAUCAACAACUUGCGUUUUCUUGUGGAGGAAAGGACAGAAGUCAUUAGAAGCCCAACUUUCUCAAGAGAAGCCAAUGGCAAAUGGUAUUUGACAGUAAACCCGAAUGGAGUUGAUGAAGUAAGUGCGGAUUACCUGUCAGUUAACCUAGUUUUGCUCAGCUGUCUAAAGAGUCAUGUUUGGGCAAAGUUCCAGUUCUGGAUCAUAACUGCCGAAGGAGAGAAAACACAAACUAUGAGGAGCCCAAGAGCCAUUAGGUUCGUGCCAGGCCGUGCCUGUGGAUUCAAAAAGUACAUCCUUCGAGAUUUCCUCUUUUCAAAUGCUCCUCGUCUUCUCCCAGAUGACAAGCUCAGGCUGCUCUGCACUGUGAGUGUGGUCCAGGACUCCUUCAGAAUCUCCGACCAGAACAGGAAUUCAGGGAUUCAAGUUCCCCCAUGCACAUUGGCAGAUGAGCUAGGAGAGCUGUGGGAGAAUUCCCAAUUCACAGACUGCUGCCUGGUGGUAUCUGGCCAGGAAUUCCAGGCUCACAAGGCCAUCUUAGCAGCUCGCUCUCCAGUUUUCAGAGCCAUGUUUCAACAUGACAUGGAAGAGAGCAGAAAGAACCGAGUUGAGAUCCCUGACCUGGAGCCACAAGUCUUCAAGGCAAUGAUGGGCUUCAUUUACACUGGGAAGGUACCAGACCUGGACAGCAUGGCAGAUGCAUUGCUGGCAGCUGCAGACAAGUAUGGCCUGGAGCGUUUGAAGGUGAUGUGUGAGGAUGCCCUCUGCAGGGACCUCUCUGUGGAGACUGCUGCCCACAUUCUCUUCCUGGCUGACCUCCACAGCUCAGGGCAUUUGGUGAAUGAUGACUGUUAA